CUUAAUGGAGGAAUAUUUUGUAAACAAAGAUUGAAUCUUCAGGUUUUGUACGUGCUGCUCGCUUUUUCAACAAAAUGCUUUCGCGUUUAUUGCAUUUUUCUCUCAAAACAAGGACAGUUUUGGUUCCUGUACUGAGUCCCAUCAAAUGUUGUACUCCUCGAUUAUGUGUUCGGCCUAUAUCGACAAGUUUAGCUAUGAGUGGCCCUCGUACCAUGAAAGAGGAACGUUACCGUAAAAAGGACAAGGUACCUGAGGAUUAUCGAAUCAUUUACAGGGCACCAAUGGAGCAUUAUCUGUCAGCGUGCAGCUUGGUAACAUCAUUCAGUUUUGCAGCCAUUUCAGUAUUUGCAGCAUAUGGAUAUAUGCACGAUUACCAUACGUUGUCCGUUCCUUUCGAAAUUGACUUCCAACAAUUAACAGCGAACGAAACGGAUUUGCUGAUCUUUUUGGGCUUUUUCUUCGCCGUCAACGUACUAAUCCGUAUAAUGGUCAAUCGUUACGUAUUGCGUAUUUACCGUAAUGAAGAUGACUAUCUUGCUGUCUUCGAGGGCAAUCUACCAUUCAGUCGCAAACAACUCAAAUACAAGAAGGGGACUGUAGAACCAGUUCCCGAAGGAGGUAUAGUUCCAUGGCAGGACGCGCGAUACAAGAUUAAUGAUAAAAGUGUUCUUAUAAUUGAUGGUUAUUUUCGAACACCAUCGGAGUUGUAUAAUAUGCUGAAGCAAAAUAAACAAUAGAUAUAUCUCCUAUGUAAGAUUCAACUACUGUCAAACAGGCCUAACAUCCUGCUAUGACCAUGCUAAUCGUGGCCUGAUUAACAUGUUAUUCAAAUUACCGUCAAUAUAAAUCAUAUCAAAAUAGUGCGAACAUAGUUGAUAGUUCAUCUCUCCCGUGAAAAAAAUAUAAGUUGCAUCAAGAUGUCAAAAACGUUCGAAUUGUGAUCAAUGUUUCAUUAACAUCGCAAU